AUAAAUACUCAUGCUCUGUUUCACUCGAGUGACAUGCAUCGAGUUCUAAAGCAAUCUACUUGACAAGCAUGGCUUGUAAUAAGCUUCUUGCUCUUGUCUUCGUAGUCUUCAUUAGCAUUGGCCUUUCCGAUGCCUCCCGACUUAGCAAACUCUAUCAUAAAGGUGGCGGAGAUGGUGGUGGUGGAGGAGGUGUUGAAAGGUAUGGGGAACGGUAUGACGGUAGAAAUGGUAAAAGCAACGGCGACGAAGGAUAUGGUGUUGGUCAUGGAGGAGGUGGAGAAGAGGGAGGAAGUGGCUCGGGCUAUUGGUCAGGCAGAGGGUAUGGCACGGCCUCGGAUGACGAGUUGAAGAGAGUGUCUCAUCGAGAAUACGGUGGUGGGUCUGGGUAUGGUGAAGGUGAAGGUGGUGGGUUUGGAUAUGGGGAUGGUGUUGGGGUUCACGGUGGAGGAUACGGAAGAGGCGGAGGUGGUGGAGGUGGUGGCGGCUUCGGCGGUGGGCAUGGAAGUGGGAGUGGAUCAGGGUAUGGCGAAGGUGGUGGGUCUGGAUAUGGGGAAGGUGUAGGCGCUCACGGUGGAGGGUACGGAAGCGGCGGAGGUGGUGGAGGUGGAGGUGGCGGUGGUUCUGGCGAUGGACAAGGAAGCGGGAGUGGAUCAGGAUAUGGCGAAGGCGGUGGGUCCGGAUAUGGGGAAGGUGUUGGCGCUCACGGCGGAGGGUACGGAAGGGGCGGAGGUGGUGGAGGUGGCUUGGGCGGUGGGCAUGGAAGUGGGAGCGGAUCAGGGUACGGCGAAGGUGGCGGAUCUGGGUAUGGAGAAGGUAACGGCGCUCACGGUGGAGGGCACGGGAAGGGCGGAGGUGGUGGAGGUGGCGGUGGCUUCGGCGGCGGGCAUGGAAUUGGAAGUGGACCAGGGUAUGGAGAAGGUGGUGGUUCUGGGUAUGGAGAAGGUAGCGGCACUCACGGUGGAGGGUAUGGAAGGGGAGGUGGUGGUGGAGGUGGAGUUGGCUACGGUGGUGGCCAUGGAAGUGGGAGCGGAUCAGGGUCUGGAGAAGGUAACGGCGCUCACGGUGGAGAACAUGGAAGGGGCGGGGGUGGUGGAGGUGGCCAUGGAAGUGGGAGCGGAUCAGGACAUGGAGAAGGUGGCGGCGCUGACGGUGGAGGACAUGGUAGGGGAGGAGGUGGUGGAGGUGGAGUUGGCUACGGUGGUGGGCAUGGAAGUGGGAGCGGAUCGGGGCAUGGCGCAGGUGGCGGAUCUGGGUAUGGGGAAGGUGGAGGGUAUGGAAGCGGCGGAGGCGGCGGCGGCGGCGGUGGCCAUGGAAAUGGGAACGGAUCAGGAUAUGGAGAAGGUGGUGGGUCUGGGUAUGGCGAAGGUGGUGGCGCUCAUGGCGGAGGGUACGGGAAGGGCGGAGGAGGCGGUGGAGGCGGAGGCGGUGGGACUGGUGGUGGGUCCGGACAUGGUUCCGGCAACGGCUCUGGGUAUGGUGAGGGUGCCGGAGGGGGGAGUGCUGGAGGGUACGGCAAAGGAGGAGGUGGCGGCGGUGGCGGUGGCGAAGGGGGCGGCGAAGGCUCUGGACAUGGGGCUGGGCAUGGUUAUGGGGAGGGUGCCGGUGGGGGGAGUGCUGGAGGGUACGGCAAAGGAGGAGGUGGCGGCGGCGGCGGUGGCGAAGGGGGCGGCGAUGGCUCUGGACAUGGGGCUGGGCAUGGUUAUGGGGAGGGUGCCGGUGGGGGGAGUGCUGGAGGGUACGGCAAAGGAGGAGGUGGCGGCGGCGGCGGUGGCGAAGGGGGCGGCGAUGGCUCUGGACAUGGGGCUGGGCAUGGUUAUGGGGAGGGUGCCGGUGGGGGGAGUGCUGGAGGAUACGGCAAAGGAGGAGGUGGCGGCGGCGGCGGUGGCGAAGGGGGCGGCGAAGGCUCUGGACAUGGGGCUGGGCAUGGUUAUGGGGAGGGUGCCGGUGGGGGGAGUGCUGGAGGAUACGGCAAAGGAGGAGGUGGCGGCGGCGGCGGUGGCGAAGGGGGCGGCGAAGGCUCUGGACAUGGGGCUGGGCAUGGUUAUGGGGAGGGUGCCGGUGGGGGGAGUGCCGGAGGGUAUGGUAGAGGAGGGGGUGGCGGCGGUGGCGGAGGUGAAGGGGGCGGUGAAGGCGUCUCUAGCUACGGAGCUGGCCAUGGUUACGGGUCCGGUUAUGGGGAGGGUGCCGGUGGUGGGAGCGCUGGGGGGUACGGUAAAGGAGGCGGCGGCGGCGGUGGCGGUGGAGAAGGCGGGGGAGAAGGAUCUGGCUCCGGCUCUGGCCAUGGGUAUGGCUCAGGAUACGGCGAGGGUGCUGGGGGUGGGAGCGCCGGGGGUUACGGUAAAGGAGGAGGAGGCGGCGGUGGCGGGGGAGAAGGCGGGGGCGUAGGAUCUGGCUCCGGCUCUGUCCAUGGGUAUGGUUCGGGAUACGGCGAGGGUGCUGGUGGUGGGAGUGCUGGAGGAUACGGCAGGGGCGGCGGCGGCGGCGGCGGCGGUGGCGAAGGGGGUGGUGACGGCGCUGGAUAUGGUUCCGGGCACGGCUACGGCUCCGGAUAUGGCAGCGGCGGAGGCAAUGGUCACUACUAGAUUUAGUACGUGUUCGCGGCUACGGCAAUAAGAGCUGUGAUGUGUUAUCAGUGCUUCGGGUGUGGGAGACAGUCAACUAAGUGGUGUGUACUGCCAUAUAAGCUUUCUUACUGAUAUAAAGAAUGCUUAUGUA